UGGGGUCAUUUGUGGAGGAUCUCUGUAGCGCCUCGUCACCUUAUCCGGUUCCCGCUCUGCUUAUAUAAGUCCAUCAUCCUAGAAGCUGCGUGAAAGCUGAUGUAUCGGUCUCAGUUCAUCUCGCUGCUGUUCGUUUUGGCGUGCUGCCAGCCCGUGUUUCUGUCGACUGCCUAUGGGACGCCGGAGCUCGUUUCGACCAGGCGGUUGCAUCGCACUCCUCAGCAUAUCCUCACGCGUCAGAGGAAAAAUGCAGGAGGAACAAGACGAGCCCGAACUAUGAACAACCUUCGCAUUUCCAAGGCUCCACCUCAGGAAGUGUCUGUCGACAGUGGGACCCCCGUUAUUUUGGAAUGCGAAGUUUGGGGCUGGCCGAUGCCUGACAAAGUCUUCUGGCUUCGCGAUGGCGCUAAGGUCGAGGUGGAGAGCACAGGCGAUCUGCAUCUCAAGAGCCUUUCUUGGGGGGACAUGGGAGAAUACACUUGCAGGGUGGAGAAUCCCCUUGGGGAAAUGGACGAAGUGAAUACCUUCGUCUAUCCUUUCGGGGACUCGGGCCGCUCUGGCGCAGUUACGGGCAAGGACGAGAAUUCGGACGCACUUCCCUCGUUGGAGACCUCGGAGUGGGAAGUCCCUCGUGGGGACUCCAAUAAUGAUGGGUUUGCCGAGGCCUAUUUCCGAGAGGAGAAAAUCUUGCGUGGGGUUCUGAUGGGCGACAGAGUGCGACACGGACGGAUGUGCCUCAUUAGCUCUAAGGGAAAGGAAAUGAAGUGA